UAUCAUCUUGCUUAUCGGCCUUUCACUUCAUUUGUUUAUUUCACGAUCUUUGCGAAUUAUUUAAAGGAAUAAUGACAGCAUCUGCCUUUUCCAGCCUGGAUACGGCGGCGUUGGAGCGCCAGGCAGAAUUGACAGCUGAAUUACCGGUAAUAUUUGAACAAAUCUGGAACGAGACGCACAAAAAAGUUAGCAGCAACUGGAUUCGACAAAAUGGUUAUAAGCGGAUCUGUCUGCAAUUCCCAGAUGAUUAUCUGCCACACAGCAAUGCUAUUAGCACCUAUCUACAGACAGCUCUGGCAGCAGAGGAGUGCAAAAUAUUCAUUUUAGCAGACACGACAUAUGGAAGCUGUUGCGUGGAUGAAAUAGCUGCGGCUCAUGUGGAGGCGGACAGCAUGAUUCAUUUUGGCAAUGCUUGCCGCAGCAAAGCCAGUCGCCUACCGGUGCUUUAUUUGUAUCCGGUGCUGUCGAUAGAUCUGGCCACAAUACUGCAACAGCUAGCUACGCUGCAGCCGGAGUGCGGCGAACGAGAGGUUUGCGUCUACCUGGACAUUGGCUAUCAGCAUCUGUACGAGCAGCAGCCAGCUGGUGGCGUAUUAACUGAGGGCGAAGAUACGCUUUAUAACCAGCUGCGCGAUGUGCUGCAGCCCAAGAAGCUGCUCAUCGAGCCGUAUCCACCGCCGGCUGAAGAUUUCAUUGAGAGCAAGCAAUUAGCGGAGUCCGCGAAUGCCGAGCGUAUUUGCAUUUUUGUGGGUGCCGAUAAUCAAAGUUUUGCCAAUUUGUCGCUAACUACUAAAGCGUUCCAGUGGCAUAUAUUGGACGGUGCCAAGGGCACACUGAGUGCCAAAAAUCCGCUAACAGCUCAAUAUAUACGCCGACGCUAUUACUAUAUAGAGAAGUGCAAAGAUGCACAGACUCUGGGCCUUAUUGUGGCCACAUUGAGCGCUGUCGGUUAUUUGGACGUGGUGACGCGUUUGCAGGAAAUGGCAAAGAGUCGUGGCAUCAAGACGCAGCUGAUUUCCGUUGGUCGCAUAAAUCCCGCCAAACUGGCAAACUUCCUGGAGAUUGAUUGCUUUGUGCUAAUUGGCUGUCCCUUUAAUAAUAUGUAUAAUUCCAAGGAGUACUACAAACCCAUUGUAUCCGUCUUCGAGGCGGAAAUGGCGCUGAAUCCAGCCUGGCAUAUGAAAUACCCGGAGGCAUAUGUCACAGAUUUCAAGCAAUUACUGCCCAAGGGUCGCAGCUUUUUGCCCUUUGAUGCGCAGGCCGUGCAGCCACAGGAUAUGAGCCUGGUCAGCGGACGCAUGCGAGGCGGUACUGGCUGCGAUGAGACCGUCGAUGCAAGCAAUACCACAGUGGCUACUCAGGCCAAAAUGGCUCUGAUGACAACUGACACGGGUCUGACGUUUGAGGAUCGCACUUGGCAGGGCUUGGAUCCAGCUUUGGGACAAACCGAACCAGCCAAAUUGCAGCAGGGUCUCAGCGGUAUACCCAUCAAAUACUCGCACGAUUAGGUUAAAAUUUACACCAAUUUCUUAAUAAUAUUAAGUUAUAAAUAUCAAUAAAAUAUAUCGAACAAUUAACG